AUGGUUUGUCUCCCGGUCACUGCUUUUGUCUUCGGACUCGGCAUCCUGACAAGCGUGGUUCAGUCUGUCAAGGUCAACCCUCUUCCAGCACCACAGUCGAUUACAUGGGGAUCUUCCGGACCGAUAACAGUCGGCCCAAGCCUGACUUUGAGCUCACAAUGCGGAGAGAUUGUCACCGAUGCGUGGUGUCGAUCUUGGAACGCCAUCAGCACGUUGAGAUGGGUCCCAGCAGCAGUGGAGGCACCGAUCGCCAAGUUUGAAGCUUUUCCUACCGAGACACCAUCAUCUUAUAAAGCUAAACGGGCAAAUUCAAGUCUCGCCCUCGUCGAAGUCAGCAUAGCAAAUUGCGAUGCAGAUUUGCAGCAAGGCGUGGAUGAGUCGUACACAUUGGCAAUAGGGCAGUCUUCGCCAUCGAUCAACAUCACCGCAAAGACGGUGUGGGGUGCGCUUCAUGCAUUCAGUACUCUCCAACAGAUCAUCAUCUCCAAUGGCAACGGAGGACUCAUUGUUGAGCAGCCAGUCUUGAUCGAAGAUCACCCCAACUUCCCAUACCGUGGAGCGAUGAUUGACACGGGUCGCAACUUCAUCAGUCUGCCCAAGAUUCGUGAACAGAUUGAUGGGCUGUCGCUGUCAAAGAUGAAUGUACUUCACUGGCACAUGGCUGACGCACAAUCGUGGCCUGUACAGAUGCAAGUCUACCCAGAAAUGACCCAGGGCGCGUAUUCUCCACAAGAGACAUACUCUCACAAUGAUAUCCGUGACAUCGUGUCUUAUGCUCGAGCCCGUGGCGUUCGUAUUCUUCCGGAGAUCGACAUGCCAGGACAUGCGUCCCAAGGCUGGACGUCGGUUGAUCCGACCAUUGUGGCUUGUGACGGUUCUUGGUGGUCGAAUGAUGACUGGGCUUUACAUACUGCACUGGAGCCCAACCCUGGGCAGCUCGACAUCUUGAACAACAAGACGUAUGAGGUCAUCAAGAACGUCUUUGGUGAACUUGCCGGCUUGUUUGGCGACAAUAUGUUUCACGUCGGUGGUGACGAGCUCCAAACAGGCUGUUACAACUUCAGUACAGCCGUACAGCAAUACUUUAGCCAUAACAAAUCCAGAACGUAUGAUGAUCUCGUGCAAGUCUGGGUCGACAAAGCUAUUCCCACUUUCAGAUCAGCGGCGAACAAGACCUUGAUGAUGUGGGAAGAUAUUUUGAACGCAACGCCCCACGCUCAUACCGUUCCAAAGAACAUCAUUCUUCAAACUUGGAAUAAUGGUUUGGAGAACAUCAAGAACCUCACCGCUAGAGGAUACGACAUUGUGGUGUCUUCGUCUGACUUUUUCUACCUUGACUGUGGUUUCGGAGGAUGGGUCAGCAACGAUCCGCGAUACAACGAGAUGGCGAAUCCCAAUGCUUCCGUUCCGACGUUCAACUACCUUGGAAAUGGAGGGUCGUGGUGCGCACCGUACAAGACCUGGCAACGAAUCUAUGAUUACGAUUUCACCUUAAACUUGACAGCCAAGGAAAAAGGCCACGUCCUGGGGACCGAAGUACCUCUGUGGUCUGAACAAGUUGACGAUACUGUGAUUUCGACCAAGAUGUGGCCUCGAGCUGCUGCCAUGGCCGAACUUGCGUGGUCAGGAAACAAAGAUCCUCAGACCGGCAUCAAACGUACAACCCAGAUGACACAACGAAUCUUGAACUUCCGGGAAUACCUCGUGGCCAAUGGGAUACAAGCCGCACCGUUGAUGCCCAAGUACUGUCUGCAGCAUCCUCAUGCUUGCGACCUUUACUACAAUCAGACCGCGCUUGCAGACUACUCGACUGUUCAGUGA